UGCUUAGUUUAAUGGCUAUGCUGGGAGCCUCUUCUCAAGUGGGCCCUAUGAAAAGGAUGAUGAGGAAGCAGAUGCUAUUUAUGCAGCUCUGGAUAAAAGGAUGGAUGAAAGAAGAAAAGAAAGAAGGGAGCAAAGGGAGAAAGAAGAAAUUGAGAAAUACCGAAUGGAACGCCCCAAAAUCCAACAGCAGUUCUCAGAUCUCAAAAGGAAGUUGGCAGAAGUCACCGAAGAAGAGUGGCUGAGCAUCCCUGAGGUUGGCGAUGCCAGAAACAAACGUCAGCGGCACCCACGCUAUGAGAAGCUGACUCCUGUUCCUGACAGUUUCUUUGCCAAACAUCUACAGACUGGGGAGAACCAUACUUCAGUGGAUCCCCGGCAAACUCAAUUUGGAGGUCUUAACACACCCUAUCCAGGCGGGCUGAACACUCCAUACCCAGGUGGAAUGACACCUGGAUUGAUGACACCUGGCACAGGUGAACUGGACAUGAGGAAGAUAGGACAAGCAAGGAACACGCUGAUGGACAUGAGGCUGAGCCAGGUGUCUGACUCGGUGAGUGGACAGACGGUAGUUGACCCCAAAGGCUAUCUGACGGACUUAAACUCCAUGAUCCCAACCCACGGAGGGGAUAUCAAUGACAUCAAGAAGGCACGGCUGCUCCUUAAGUCUGUUCGGGAGACUAACCCUCAUCACCCUCCAGCCUGGAUUGCGUCAGCCCGCCUGGAAGAAGUCACCGGGAAGCUGCAGGUAGCACGAAACCUUAUCAUGAAGGGGACAGAGAUGUGCCCCAAGAGUGAAGAUGUCUGGCUAGAAGCAGCCAGGUUGCAGCCUGGGGACACAGCCAAAGCUGUGGUAGCCCAAGCUGUCCGUCACCUCCCACAGUCUGUUAGGAUUUACAUCAGAGCAGCAGAGCUGGAAACAGACAUUCGUGCCAAGAAGCGGGUUCUCCGGAAAGCCCUUGAACAUGUUCCAAACUCUGUUCGCUUGUGGAAGGCGGCCGUUGAGCUGGAGGAGCCUGAAGAUGCUCGAAUCAUGCUCAGCCGCGCUGUGGAGUGCUGCCCCACCAGUGUGGAGCUCUGGCUUGCUCUGGCACGGCUAGAGACCUAUGAAAAUGCCCGCAAGGUCUUGAAUAAGGCGCGUGAGAACAUCCCUACAGACCGGCACAUCUGGAUCACGGCUGCCAAGCUGGAGGAAGCCAAUGGGAACACACAGAUGGUAGAGAAGAUCAUUGACCGAGCCAUCACCUCACUGCGGGCCAAUGGCGUGGAGAUCAACCGCGAGCAGUGGAUCCAGGUGAGGUCAGCAGGUAGGACUCCCCGCUGCAAGCAGGCGUCAGUGUCUGCUUUAAAAAUGCACGUUGGAGUCUCUCAUAGGGUAGGGGCUGCUGGAUGGGCCCUAGAGAGCAAGGCUCCUUGCUUCACCUACUGCCCCUUGGCACUGGAAGAUGGCCUCAGGCCUCCUGUGCCCUCCCUUCUCCUGCUCCUGCUGCCACACUUCUGA